CACGGUUCCGGGUCUCGAGCGGCUGGCCCUGCAGCAAGCCGAGCAGACAGGCGCCGCGCCGCGUCCCGCGAUCGGCCACAUUAGCCCAGUACGGCAGCGAUGCGGCAAACCCCGGCUACCACGCGCUCCCGGCAGUUCCUGCUCAACACGCCGCUGGGCGAAUUCGAAGUGCUCAAGACACUGGGGCAGGGGAGCUACGGCAAAGUCAAGCUGAUGCGGUCCGCACUGACCAACGAGCAAUUCGCAGUCAAGAUCAUCAAGCGGUACCCGCCACACAAGCACCGGCGCGGGCACCAAGAGUACCGCAAGGCCAAGACGCUCGACCGGCGGGUGGUCCGCGAAGCCAACUUGGCAGCAAUCCUGGGCCAGCUCCACCCGCACAUUGUGCCGCUGCAUGACUUCCGCGUCACCGAUACCCAUUUCUAUCUGUUCUACGCGUUCGUCAAUGGCGUCACGCUUGCCGAGCGCGUGGGCACACAUGGGCUGAGCGAGAAGGAGGCGAGGGCGAUUUUCAAGCCGGUUGUUGAGACAAUCAAUUUCUGCCACCAGUACUCGGUCAUCCACCGCGACAUCAAGCUCGAGAACGUGCUCAUCGACUACAUCAUCGACUUUGGGCUGGCGAACUUCUUCGACGGCAUCUCGUUGAUGGAGACAUUCUGCGGCAGCCUUCCAUAUACUGCGCCGGAGAUCCUGCGCGGCGACGCGUAUGUGGGACCGGAAAUCGACGUGUGGUCACUGGGCGUGCUUCUGUAUGUCAUGCUUACGGGCCAGUUCCCAUUCGAGGACCCAGCGCAGCCCAAGAACUUUGACAAGAUCAUGGCUGGAGACUUUUCGCUGCGCACAAACAUGAGCCAUGACCUGCAGGAGCUGCUAGUCAGGAUGCUGGAGCCCAACGCCAAGCGCCGCAUCUCCAUGCAGGGCAUCUUGCAACACCCGAGGAUUCGGCAGCCCGGCCGAUGCCCAGCACAAUGA